GAACGGCUUACAAUCGCCUCCAGCACAAUGAAGCGGCAACAGAGACAGAAUUUGUGAAAGUGCGGAAAGAUUUGAAAGGUUACGUCAUCGGAAAAGAUGGGUGUUCGAUUAAAGAGAUCAUGAAGUCUUCAGGCGCACUGAUCACAUCGCCGGGAAGAAAUGACGAAGGAUUUUUUGUCCGGGGGGAUGCUGGACAAAGAAAAUGUGCUAAGAGGCUCAUAUUAGAGAAAGCAGUAAGUGCGGCGUGUAAUAAUAACAUAAUAACAAAUAUUAUGGAUUUAGGGUGAUUCAGUGUUUGUUGUUUGUAUAAGGCUUUGCUUGCAUGAACCGUUAGUCUUUCCAUGGUGUUCAUAAUAAGUCAUCAAAUAAAUUAAACAUUUUUCCUGGCAUUUGGAGACACAUAAUAAAUACAGUUAAAUUUUUUUAAUACUAUAGAUUUAUGAUAGGUGCACGCGUAUUAACAAAUUUACUUACUUCCGGGGUGAGGAAGUCAAAUAAUUUCCCUUGCUCUUUCCUCUACAGCACGAAUUACAGGUCAAGAAAUCUGAGAUAGCUCCGACUUUUGAAUUGGUCGAAAUUCCAAGUGAAUGCAAAGGCUUUGUGAUAGGUAGAGGAGGAGAGAACCUGAGACAGAUCAGCAGUCAAACAGGAGCAAAUUUGAUACGUAAAGAUGGUAAUGUGUACCUGGCCAGCGGAACAGAAGAACAAAGGCAACAUGCGAAAAAAUGUAUCAUAGAAAUGGUGGUGAGUCAUCUGCUCAAAUUAUCUUAUACGGCAAUUAUCAGGCCCUGAUUACAUGAGACCGGUGAGAACACAUACCAGUAACACUGGCGUGAGAUCAAUCUCAGUGCUAAUGCCUGCUUCUGCUAACGAAGAUAUGGGUUCUGAGAUUAUUUGCCAGAGUGGUGUUAUGUACAAAGGCCCAUCUAAAGGCCGAGUUCAUGAGGCCUUAACAGCCUUAACAAAAAAUAUAUAUAUGUUUCAUCAAAAUAAUUAACUUUGGCCACAAAAAUCAUCCAUCUACGAAUACGGACCAAUACGUAAAUACAAUUGUUGCUAGUAGGUUUAGCCUUCAAAAAGACUGUCUGUAUACAACUGGUUAUUAAUAGUCUUCGUUGACAGCAGGUGAAACAAGACUAAUAAAAGGUUCACUGUCUUGUUUUCUGGCAUAAACGCAGAAGAGGAAAUCAGAAGAAAACGCUCCACCUGGUGAAUUUGUAGACAUUCCAAGCGCAUUCAAGGGAUUAAUCAUGGGUAAAGGGGGAGACAAUCUCAGUUUUAUCAGCACUAAGACAGGAGCAAAAUUGAUUCGCAAAGAUGGUGAGGUGUACAUAGUAAGUGGCACCGACGAACAGAAGGAGCAGGCCAGACUGCACAUUAAAGUAGCUAUAGUAAGUAUACUGAAAUAGCUUAAUUUCUUGUUACUAUAUUCUUGACAGCAUUGGCAAUACACGAAACCAUUAUGUGUUAGGUAGGUGUUAGUUCUUUGAAUGAAACUUGACGUAAACAUGGAGAAGCAAAGUGCUACUCAGAGGGGUUCGAACCUGAAACCUCAGCCAUAUACAACCAACCACCUCUUCAAUCCAUUCACACUAUGCAAUAGCGGCUAGUUUAACACAUACAACAAACAGCGCUCAAAAUUUGUCUCUAGGCUGGAGCAAGACUCCGGGGUUCAGAAAAUGAGUUCGCCAAACCUCGUGUCUACAUUGAUGGCUGGAAUCUCCCUGAGGACUGUGAAGUUAAACUGAAGAAGUUGGUGAAAGAAGAUCGUAUGGUACAUCCAGGUUGGGAUAAACAGUUCAGGCUAAUACCGUCUGAUCACAAUGAGCCACAGGUUCGCAAGAAUUUUUUGUUCUUACUUCCCCAAGCUACGUUAAGAUGAUCUCAUUUUAGACACGUAACCCAGUGUAAAAAGUGUAGUGCACGUGUAACCUUGAGUUAUUACCGGUUCUCAAAAGAUGUCAUGUCAUGUGUCUACUCUUAAAGGACAAAGGAGUUAAAUUCCUCACUUUAUGCCUAGCUUCUUUCUCUCUCUGUUUUAUCGCUUUUAAAAUCCUUUUAUUACAGCUACUGUACUGAUAAUCGAUAAAACAGCCUGUCUUUUCAAUGGCUAUAACUCACUGAGGUUGCAAAGCUGGCAAACCAAAAAUUUACCUAGGUACUUAGCCUCACUUGUCCAAAGGAACAGGACACUGAGGUAGUUUCCUUUCUUACAGCACUGAUAACAACUUUUGUAUCACGUUAGUGUAACGUGUGUUUAUUAAAGCCGACCUACCUACCUUUUGUCAAGGUCUCCAAUUCUACUGAGGACCCACCCUAUCUGUCACAACUUGUCGCUGACGCUUUGGAGUCUCUUAAAAAAAUAAAGGAACAAAUGACGACAGAAGAGUACCUUAAGGCCGACAUGUGGUGUCAUUUUGGAAGAGCUAUCAUCCGGGGACCUGACGAAGGUAGUACUUUCUUUCAGUCAUGCCCACGCGCUCGUAAGCCCAUGAGAUUGCGACUUCCCCUCCCAAUUCUGACGAAUUGCAUGCACGCCGAAAGAUAUAGAUCGAUAGAUACCCCUUGGAGCAAAAGUUCUUGUCUAAACAAACAGGGGCUCUUUGCUCGUUUCCAGUGACCUUUCGAGGCAAGAUGUUUUAAAUUAGAAACAAUCCAAAAUUUAAUGGUUUUAAAAGUAAGGAAGCGCCACGUUCACGACACAAAUAAGGCUGGAAUCUGCAGCAUGCACUAUAUUCAAAUCGACAUACUUUAUUAUUGUCUCAGAGGAAGCUGAGGAAGGAGAGUGGACUAUCGAAGAUGUAAGAAAAAAGUUUCAAAUCGACAAUGGAGAACAUCUCUGGAGAACUUCAUUCAAGGAAGGAGUUGAUCUAGAUGAAAACAUCUUGGAAAGAAUCAGUGACUGCGAAAGCACUCCGGAAGAAUAUGUUGACUAUGUGGCAAGAUUUGACUUGGCAUUUUUAACGCCACGUGGUAAUCAAAUAAGAUUCAAGGUAAGGCCGCCAUUAAACGCUUUCAACAUGUUCGUCUAACAUCAUCCAACAUUAAAACAGUGAAAUACCAUCAACUGACGCGAUACAGGUAACAACUCAAGGUUGUCAAAACGUCAGUCACUGUUAACAACAGUCAGUCCUAUUCAGGGCUACACUGUCCAUCACAAUCAUAUUCCACCUGCUUAUCAUCCAACACAGAUGGAUGCAGCAUGCUGGAUGCACUUUAUCUCCUAGUUUGAAGAUGUUCUCACAUUUUAACGGAUUCAAAACCAGCCAACAGUGUUGGAUGAUGUCGUCUUCAUCAGUCGAGUGUUCGAUUGAGCUAUUGGUCAGGCGAUGAUGGUAACUACGUGACCAUCAUCGUUGGAUGGUGUUGAACCCACGUGUUAGUAGACACUAAGCUCAAACACCGACUUUCACCAUCGUCCUCUAAUAUUGUAACUACUGCCUACUCUACUCAACCUGGUGCUUCUCUUAUAGGAGCGACUAAGGGGAGCCAGUGUUGAUAUUCAAUAGCCCAAGUUCGAUAUAUUGAAAUUCUAACACGACUCCGAGGCCUUCUGGUCAUAUUUCUGUAUUUGGUUUCUUUGUGCUCAAGUCUUUUCUGGGAAUUGCGAGACAGUGGAGUCGUCAAAAAUUUGCAAUUUUGUCCCUAAAGCCUCGGAGUCAAGUAAGAAUUUUAAUUUAUCGACCGGAAGAUUGGGAAUUUAAAAAAGGGUACGACAGAGCCACCUCCCACUACUAGCUGUCAUUUGGUUAUUAGGAUCUGCUAACUAUCCACCUUUAGAGAUAAUUAGGACUGCAUACUCGGAGAUGAAAUCAUAUUUGAAAGACAGGAUUAGUUCCCUCUAGUAACUGUUAAUGACAUCGUCGUGAGGAUAACGGGUCGAAGGAGCUCUUGUGCCCAAUCGGAAACACGGAAAUAGAAUGCUUCUGGAAAAUGUUAGCUUAUAUUUAGUGCCCAGCGGGAGUCUUCCUUUUUGUUGUAAAUCUUGUCUGAAAUGAUUUCCGCUGUUAACAUUCCCGUCCCGUUUUUGCCCCCACCUGGUCAAUGAGAUUGCUAGUAAUGCAAGAGAAGAUCCUCAAUUCAGACCUUUCUUAGCCUAUUCUCUCCAGGCGUUCAGAUAAUGGAGAGUGGCGCAAAACUGGAUGGCUCACCUUUUUUGCGCCGGCCCUGCUAUCCGAACGUCCUUAACCGGCUAGACCUUGCUCUUCUUUCACAGGUUUGGAUCACAAGAAACAACACUGGUAAAAAGUUGGAAGACAUUCCAAUUCCUUACAGUGAUGUGAAGAACAUCCUGGAAGAAAUACAUUUUAAAGACGAGGUUACGCGAUCAAGGUGUAGAGGAUGGCUGGUGCUUCCAUCUAGAAAAUAUCUGCAAGCAGAUAUUUUGUUUCCCGGUUGCGAGUUUGAUUGUAGGCUCACGAUUCGUGGGCGAAUGGGUAUGACUUCAAUUAAAACACAUUAAAGAGUGGCAGUUAUAAUAGCUACAAUAAGGAAAAUAGUAGAAUAGUGGCAAUGGCCAUCGAAAUUUUUCUGGUUGAAAAUGUCGGAUUUAAUUGUGGACGUAAGGGUUUUAAAAUUACUACUUUGGGGGCUAAACUGACUCUAAGAGUGACAUUUUGUGAGGAGAACUACUUCUCUAGACUCUAAUUACUCUCCUGGGGUUUUUUGAAAUUACUCAGAACGUAAUUUGGGAUUACGUUUUGGAUAUUUUCUGUAAUUCAGCUUUUGAGUAACGAGAGUAAACAUAAGUCGUAGCCCCCUUUCCUCUCGACUGCUGGUUGCCGUGCCUUAUCACAGGCGGACAAACCACUCGACCUCAUGAAUGAAUGGACGUAACGUCACCCCGUGUGGGGAUUAGGCCGGGAUUCUAGUCCUUAAGUUUCCUCUCCGCAAGCUGUCCUGUUGACCCCUUUAAUAACUGUUUACGGAGUGUUGGUAAUUUCUAAAGUUUUGACUUCAUUUUCUCCUAUCCUUAGAAAGUGCACUCCUGGCAGAUUAUGUACCGGAUAAAGAGUCGACACAAGCGUUAUCGGGAUAUUUGAGCAGACUGACCUUGACAGAAGAAAAUGGUCUUGACAUUUGCCUCCCAGAGAGAGAUCNCCCUGCUAUCCGAACGUCCUUAACCGGCUAGACCUUGCUCUUCUUUCACAGGUUUGGAUCACAAGAAACAACACUGGUAAAAAGUUGGAAGACAUUCCAAUUCCUUACAGUGAUGUGAAGAACAUCCUGGAAGAAAUACAUUUUAAAGACGAGGUUACGCGAUCAAGGUGUAGAGGAUGGCUGGUGCUUCCAUCUAGAAAAUAUCUGCAAGCAGAUAUUUUGUUUCCCGGUUGCGAGUUUGAUUGUAGGCUCACGAUUCGUGGGCGAAUGGGUAUGACUUCAAUUAAAACACAUUAAAGAGUGGCAGUUAUAAUAGCUACAAUAAGGAAAAUAGUAGAAUAGUGGCAAUGGCCAUCGAAAUUUUUCUGGUUGAAAAUGUCGGAUUUAAUUGUGGACGUAAGGGUUUUAAAAUUACUACUUUGGGGGCUAAACUGACUCUAAGAGUGACAUUUUGUGAGGAGAACUACUUCUCUAGACUCUAAUUACUCUCCUGGGGUUUUUUGAAAUUACUCAGAACGUAAUUUGGGAUUACGUUUUGGAUAUUUUCUGUAAUUCAGCUUUUGAGUAACGAGAGUAAACAUAAGUCGUAGCCCCCUUUCCUCUCGACUGCUGGUUGCCGUGCCUUAUCACAGGCGGACAAACCACUCGACCUCAUGAAUGAAUGGACGUAACGUCACCCCGUGUGGGGAUUAGGCCGGGAUUCUAGUCCUUAAGUUUCCUCUCCGCAAGCUGUCCUGUUGACCCCUUUAAUAACUGUUUACGGAGUGUUGGUAAUUUCUAAAGUUUUGACUUCAUUUUCUCCUAUCCUUAGAAAGUGCACUCCUGGCAGAUUAUGUACCGGAUAAAGAGUCGACACAAGCGUUAUCGGGAUAUUUGAGCAGACUGACCUUGACAGAAGAAAAUGGUCUUGACAUUUGCCUCCCAGAGAGAGAUCCACCUGAAGGAUUUCACUUGAUCCACAAACGACGGUCCGAACGAUCUCUUUACGAAAUUUAUCCAGGAUUUGCAGUUAUUUUUUCUAAGGAGAGCUCUUGGCGUAGCGAUAUAUCAACGGAAGACUCGAGAGAAUCGGUAUGAAUUUAAUAGAGCAUACACUCAAUUUCGAACUAAGAUCAACUCUCUAUAGGUAACACAUUGUUUGGACCGGUACUUAAGGUGAUGUUACACGAGACGAUUCGCAACGACGAUUUUUAGCACAACACAGCGCUGCAAUGUUGGAACAAUUUUGUGACCAUUCGUAACAAUGUCGCAACAAUGUUGUUGCAACGCUGUGUUGCGCUAAAAAUCGUCGUUGCGAAUCGUCUCGUGUAACAUCACCUUAACUGUCCGUCUAAGGGAGGUGUCAGCCUAUUUUCAAGGGCUGUAGAUGUAAUGAGUUAUCUGUAAUAACCCCAAUGACUAUUUCUCGUGGGAGCCCGAGAAAAUAAAUGCCAAAUUUCACAAAAUGACAUCUUACACGUGCAAUUUUCGGAAUUUUUACCAGUUUUUACAAUUCUUUUGAAAUUUGACAUUCGUUUUCUCGCUUAAUAUACGGACACAGAAACAAUUUCCGCUUUCCGUUUUCUUAUUUACUGACUCUUUGGUUGUCUCUGCUUCACAAGACGCGGGUGGCUAUGCCAUUUCCCGGCGAAAUAUCCUCCAGUUGCAUUUGGGUUGCCACACCUGUUGAUUGAGCUAGUUUACAUUGGUAUGCCUGUAGUGUGGACGGACGGUCGGUCGGGCGUACGGUCACGUGAUUACCAAAAUUUAUCGGAUGGGUAGAUUAACACAUUUUCUUAGGUAUGGGGCUACGCUCUGGCGCGCUUCUCGCGGGCGAGCGUAGCCCCAUACUAUUUUUUUCCGUUAUUUUCUUGCAGACCGAUCUUCAUCUACACUGUAGAGAGUGGGACGAGUUACUCAAUAGCGGAGAAUGGGAACCUAAACAAAUAACUACGAAACUUCCCGAGUUUUUUAGGUUCGUAAAGGAAGUACAACGAUUUGUUCUUCAAGAAAUGCGGAAAAAAACUGAUCAAUAGGGAGUUGAAAGCGUCGAGUAAAACGGGAAGGCCCUUUUCCAGGCUAAAGGUUAUUUGUGCAUGUGUGUGCCUUUACCUUGUAAUUCUUGCGACGUUGGGGCCGGGGGGAUCCGAAGUGCUCGGAGCGGAAUAAUCUCCCGGACCAAGGACGAGAUCAAACAACAAACUCAACCUACACACGACUACAACAGUGGGACUCCAACUCGGGUACACAUAGGUGGACUGCGAGUGCCCUCAAUGCUGUACAACCCAUACUCCCCAACAUGGUUGAAACCCAUGGGUAAAUUCACACAGGGUGAAAUGAAUGUAAUGAACAUUCAAAAGGGUUUGAUGCCCACUCAUGUAACUCACGACCUUGACUUAGGAAAUAGCUCUUACUCUAAAGAGAAAAACAGAGCAAAAAAAUAAAUUUAAUUUGAUUAAUUACUUUCAGAAAAGUAUAUGUAGG